AUGCUAAAAACACAAAAGAAAGAAUUCAACGUACUUUUUGUUGGCGAAGGCGCAUCAGGAAAAACACAAGUUGUCAGUUGUUUAAAUGGUAAUGCUUAUAUUGAGGAGUAUAACCCAACCAUAGAAGAUAUUUAUCAUCUUCCAAUCAACGACCAUUUUUAUAUAAAAAUAACUGAUGUAGCCGGGCAACUUGAGUACACUGUAUUGGUCGAACAGUAUUAUGAAACGACUGAUUGUAUUUUCAUUUGUUUUUCAAUUAAUGACUGGAACCAAUUUGAGCGGACAAAGACGUGGUGGUACGACGAAAUUAGAAAGAAAAGUUUGACAGUCCCUGUUUUUUUAGUUGGUACCAAAGCAGAUUUGAAAGAAAAUGAAUAUGAGAAAAAUUACUUAAAGAGUGUGGGAAAAAAGUUUGUGUCCUCCAAAGACGCGAUUAAUAUGGCAAUGGAAAUAGGUGCUUUGGGGUAUGUCGAAUGCUCUGCAAAAUUCAACGUGGGUAUUAAUUUUCUUUUUGAAAAACUGAAAAAGAUCGCAAAUGAUAAAAUGGCAGUCAACAACUAG